CACUUCCUCCUUAUCGUUUCCCUGUAGACCUGCUCUUUCCGUUCACUCUUCUCCCUUCCCUUGUUCAUCGCCAUCUGCUAUCGACUUUGCUCCUUCUUAUCCCUACUUCGUACUCCGACAUCUGCUUCCCACCCAUGAUGGUCCUUGCAAUGCGAGCAGGCAGUCCUGCUCAUUGGUCCAUGGCGCUGAGACGGCCUCAUCACUAUCGGGCUGCCAGUCUCAUUCUACGAGGCAGGAUGCACAGCAACCACACGGAUGCCACGGGUGAUAUCGUCCGUCAAGACCUACCCUGCCGCUUCUUCACCUCGUCGACCGUUCAUCGCUACACAAGCCAGCCGCCCAAGAGCUCCUUGUCCUCGUCCUCGUCCUCGUCGUCCUCGACUUCUUCUCCCUCCUCCUCCUCCUCCUCAGCCGCGACGACAGGACUUUCGCACGAGGCUUCAGAGACUGCUUCCACCAACACUACUCGAGUCACCAGAAAGAGGCAGCCGAAACAGAGCUCCACAGAACCUUCAGGGCUCAUGGCACAGACUGCUUUGAAGAGGGAUGAUCGAACAAGCUCUGCCACAAGUAUUAACUCAGGGCUACGUUCAUCAGAGAAGGCAGGUGAGGACGUAAGGGGCGCCAUUGCCAAGGGUCGGUCAGGAUCACACCCCUCAAAAGGAGACACUCCGUCGGGUGACAGUAUUCAUGCAGCUAUGCCUUCGUCUACCAUUUACCCAUUACAAUCGCCGUACUCAAGUCCCUUCCAGUCGCGUGAUGUCACUGGUGGCGGUGGAGGAGGUGGUAGUGGUGGGGCUGGCGAGACUUACUCUGGUUCUGCCAGAAAGAACGGGAAUUCAUCGCAGUCCUCAGAGUGGAUGGGCAGUGUCCAGAAUCCACGAAUGAUUGUUCAACACUUGGACGAAUAUGUCAUAGGACAAGAAAAGGCGAAGAAGAUCCUAGCUGUCGCAGUCUAUAAUCACUACUCGCGUGUCAACGAAAACUUGCGCCAGCAACAGAUCCAAGAUUCAUUGACAGCCGUUGCGAACAAUCCACCGUCACCAUCCUCCAACGUCUACUAUAGCUCCAGUGUUUUGAUGAGUGAGGGACCUAGCACACCCGACCCGAUCAUCGAGCCAUACAGCCCAUCUACACCAUCGUCAUCACCAUCGGCCCCAACCUCUCCUGGACAGGACUCGACUCCUGACUCCAAGGAUCCCAGCACUAAUAGCAGUGCUGACCUGCAUGUGCCUGGAAGACAGGCCAUUCACUACCCACACCGACAACCUUGGAUCAAUUCUGCGACGAACGGACAUGGGAGCGGACACGGACAUGGGCAGAAUCCGCCAUCGAUGUUCUCCCAGCCGUAUGAUACCUAUCAGAAGCCACCGCCAUCUCCCCCAUCACAGCAGCAGGAGCAAGCGCGGAAAGCCGAUGGUCCACCCAAACCACCGCCUACCAUUUUUGACAAGAGUAACGUUCUCUUGUUGGGCCCCACAGGGUCAGGAAAGACCUUGUUAGCCCGGACACUAGCCAAGGUUCUCAAUGUCCCGUUCUCCAUGUCAGAUGCCACCCCGUUCACACAGGCAGGGUACGUUGGCGAAGAUGUCGAGAUGGUCAUUCAUCGCCUAUUGCAGAACUGCGAUUACAACAUCAAAAAGGCAGAGUGUGGAAUCGUGUUCAUUGACGAAAUUGACAAAAUUUCAAAGCGUCCCGACACUAUGUCGAUCUCGAAGGAUGUAUCUGGUGAAGGUGUCCAGCAGGCACUUUUGCGUAUGUUGGAGGGUACGGUUGUCAAUGUCACGGAAAAGAAUGGAUCCAAUUGGAACGGAUCAAAUACAGGUCGCAAAGGUGGCAUCCCCGGCAUUGGUGGACCUAGCUCUGGUGGUGGAGGACCGGGGGCGAAGGGCGAAAUCUACUCGGUCGAUACGAGUAAUAUUUUGUUCAUCCUGAGCGGUGCAUUCAUUGGACUGGAGAGAAUCGUUAUGGAUCGUGUCUCCAAGGGCUCGAUCGGUUUUGACGCGACAGUCCGAGCUCCGUCGUCCGAGCUUGGUUCGUCAAAGAGAGCCGCAGAUCAUGUCAGCCGGCUCCUGGAGCAGGUUGACCCAACUGAUUUGAUCAAGUUUGGGCUGAUUCCCGAAUUCAUUGGAAGAUUGCCUGUUGUUGCGUCAGUCAACCAUCUAGAUGAGGCAGCAUUGGUGCGCAUCUUGACAGAACCCCGUAACUCUCUUGUGAAGCAGUACCAGGGACUUUUUGGACUGGCCGACAUCAAGAUUCAUUUUUCACAGGCGGCUCUCUACACCAUUGCAGGCCAGGCUAUCGAGAAGCAAACAGGAGCCCGAGGUUUGCGCAGAAUCAUGGAAUCUUUGCUACUGGAUGUCAUGUAUGAAGCUCCAGGAUCGUCCAUCAAGCACAUAGUGAUUGACAAAGAGGUCACGCUGAGCAAGAAACCCGCAAUUUGCUUUGCGAGAGGCGCGGAGAAUGCUGUUACUGAGGCGCUGGAUCGUGAUGAUCAGGGGCUAUCUCCGAGGCAACUACAGCUGCAGUCUGGUAGUCAGGAUGAAGAACCACCUGCAGCGGAGGCAAUAUCUGUGUAAAAACAGAAUUGGAGAAUUACUAGAUCGACAUUCGUUUGUUGCUGCGGAUAUUGUCGUAAAUGAGCAAACAGGCACAGACGGAGUGCCAGCGGAACCUCACUCAUGUAAAUAAAUCAAGCUGUUGUGUAUA